GGGAAGCAGAUGCGCGAUUGUGUGUCCACAUUAAAUGUUGCGCGAAGGUAAGGCAUACAUACAGCCAGCCUCUUGUGAAAAGAAACAUUCAGAGAGAAGCCAGCUAUCUAAGUAAUUGAUUUCAGAAUCCCUGGAUAUUCAGCACUAUAACUGAACAGGACAUUUAUUGAGCUUUUGUCGCAGGUGGUGAGGAGUCGGCCAGAUGAACUAGAUCCAGGGGAACCCGUAGCCGAGGACAUGACUGAUCCGUUGGCUGUUUUCUGCUGAAUGGAUUAGGGUGUGCUGUGACCAUGCGUUGCCUGGCGGCCCGGGUCAACUACAAGACCCUGAUCGUCAUCUGCGCCCUCUUCACCCUCCUCACCAUGCUUCUGUGGAACCGUUGCUCCAGUGACACCACCCUGCGCUUCCUCCCGCGGGCCCCGCCGCCACCCCCCAGCGCCAAGGGGGGCGACGCCAGCAUUAGCAGCCAGCAGCAGCCCCCGGAGCCACCGCCCAUAGUAGGCGGAGCUGCCGGCAUCAAGUACGAAGAGAUGGACUGCCUGAUUAACGACGACGUCACGAUAAAGGGUCGGCGGGACGGUGCUGAAGUGUACUUUCCUUUCAGCUGGCUGGAGAAGUACUUUGAGGUGUACGGCAAGGUGGUGCAGUACGACGGUUACGAGCGCUUUGAGUUCCAGCACAGCUACUCCAAGGUGUACGCGCAGCGCGAGCCCUACCACCCGGACGGCGUCUUCAUGUCCUUCGAGGCAUACAACGUGGAGGUGCGCGACCGCGUCAAGUGCAUCAGUGGAGUGGAAGGCGUGCCCCUCUCCACCCAGUGGGGUCCCCAGGGUUACUUCUAUGCCAUCCAGAUCGCCCAGUACGGCCUGAGCCACUACAGCAAGAACCUGACGGAGCGGCCACCCCAUGUGGAGCUGUACGACGCGGCCGAGGAGAAGGACAACCGCGCGGGCUCACCCAGCGGGCCCUGGACGGUCCCCAAGGGCUGCAGCCUCACACGGCUCCACGACAAGGGCCGUGCCACCGCUGUGCGCCUGUUCAGUGCCCCAGAGAACUCUGAAGGUGUCUCCCUCCCCCUGGGCAACUCCAAGGACUUUAUCAUCUCCUUCGACCUCAAGUUCACCUCCAACGGAAGCGUGUCUGUGGUGCUGGAGACCACGGAGAAGGGCGCGCCCUUCAUCAUCCACUAUGUCACCUCCGCUCAGCUCAUCGCCUUCAGCGGCCGCGACAUCACCUACGGCAUCGGGCCCCGUGCUGCCUGGUCCACGGUCACCCGGGACCUGCUGACCGACCUGAGGAAGGGCGUGGGCCUGUCCAACACCAAGGCCGUCAAGGCCACCAAGGUGAUGCCGCGGCGGGUUGUGCGACUGAUAGUCCGUGGGCGCGGUGCCAUCGACAACGUCACCAUCUCCACCACGGCACACACGGCUGCUUUCUUCGCCGCCAGUGACUGGCUGCUGCGCAACCAGGACGAGCGUGGCGGAUGGCCCAUCAUGGUCACACGCAAGCUGGGCGAGGGCUUCCGCCCGCUGGAGCCUGGCUGGUACUCCGCCAUGGCGCAGGGCCAGGCCAUGUCGACUCUGGUCCGCGCCUACCUGCUCACCAAGGACCAGACGUACCUGAACGCUGCGCUGCGUGCCACCGGACCCUACAAGCUGCACUCUGAACAGCACGGCGUCAAGGCUGUCUUCAUGAACAAGUACGACUGGUACGAGGAGUACCCCACUACACCAGGCUCCUUCGUGCUCAACGGCUUCAUAUACUCACUGCUCGGUCUCCACGAUCUGGCCGAGACGGCGGGCGAGAAACUAGGCCGGGAGUCUGGCCUGUUGUUCUCCAGGGGCAUGGAGUCCCUCAAGGCCAUGCUGCCACUGUAUGACACGGGCUCGGGCAGCAUCUACGACCUGCGGCACUACAUGCUGGGCACAGCCCCCAACCUGGCACGCUGGGACUACCACACCACGCACAUCAACCAGCUGCAGCUGCUGGCGUCCAUCGAUAACGCGCCCAUCUUCCGGGAUGUGGUGAAGCGCUGGAAGAGCUACCUGAAGGGGGGGCGGGCCAAGCACAACUAGGAGCCGGUCCUGGAGGGGGGGGCGGGCCAA